CUAGAGCCAUAUUUACCGAAUUCACACUGUAUAACGUCGAUGACAAUGUUUUUGUUUUCAUUUCGUUUUUGACUGAAUUUCCGGAAACAGGUGGGGUCAUUGCAAGUAAAUCAAUCUCACCGUUUCGACCAUACCAACAUGUCGGAAGUCUUGGUUUGUUUAUCUUUAUAUGUGAAGUUAUUGUAGUUAUUGGAAUAAUUGUAUUUUCUGUUCAUAAAUAUAUUUUGUUUCGGAGAUACGGUAAGAAGAUGUGGAAAGAAUUAUGGCAUGUUCUUGACAUACUAAUCAUUAUCUUGUUCUUUGUUUGUACCGUAAUGUAUAUUGGAAGAUGGAUAAUGAUUAAUUUGGCAAUGGAAGAAUGGGAAAAUCAUAAGAAUAAAUUCGUCAACUUCAGUCAUAUUGCAUCAUGGGACGAACUCUUUAAUAUUUGUUUGGCAUUUAUUAUAUUUCUAACAACUAUCCGAAUCAUGCGAGUUCUCAGCUACAAUGAAAGAAUAAAUCAAUUUGGAAAGGUUCUUGCUCACGUGAGCCGUGAUCUUUGUGGAUGUUGUGUAAUGUUUGUUAUGGUGUACGUAGCGUUUGUAACUUUCGGACAUUUAAUUUUUGGCAGGUAUCUUGAAACAUACAAAAACGUCUUUGUGUCAUCAACAACAUUGGUUAACGCUAUUAUCGGUAAAAACAGCAUCAAAGAUCUGUUUUCUGUGGAGCCAGUUCUGGGAAGAGCCUAUUACUUUUUUUUCGUUUUGUUUUUGUUGUGGAUUUUAAUGACGAUGAUGAAUGCAACACUAAACGUAGGUAUUACAAUAGUUAGGAAAAAGCCGGUGCGAUCCACAUAUGGCAUCGUUAACAUAGUAGCAAGCUUCUGGAGAGAGGCUGUUGGUCACAUUAUUGCACCAAAUAAUACCACAACAAAAGACAGGCUGAAGUUAUCACGUAAUUAUAUAUCAAGUCAGAAAUUUACAAAGACAAUAGUAGUAACACGUCAGGAUGAGACACAACAGGUCGAUAUGGUAACACCGACAGAAGACUUACCGAAAAAGAAAGAACGAGCAAGACGUAUUUAUCAGUAAAGAUGAACCAUGCCUUGUUUGAGAAAUGUUUCAUAAA